AUGGGCGGUGAUAUCCAGUCCAAAAUAGUAAAGGUGAGCGUGGCUCUCGCUGUGUUCUUCACCUAUGGACUACAGUUCACUGCUUGCUUCGAGGUGGUCAGGAAGGCUGCCCAAUCUCACAUUGGUAAGGGCAGGGAAUUAGUGGGAUUCUACAUCAUCAGGAAUCUUCUCAUUUUUGGCACAGUACUGUUUGGGAUAGCAGUGCCUCAACUAGCUCCAGUCAUCUCCCUGGUCGGGUCAGUGGGGUUCUCUGUUCUGGGACUGUUCCUGCCGGCCAUCACAGAGACUAUCGUCUUCUGGAACGGCGGCCUCGGCUGGGGGCGGUGGCGUCUCUGGAAUAACGUCGGGCUCGCUAUCAUCGCUAUCUUCGCCCUCAUCAGUGGGACCAGCGACGCUAUAAGAGACAGUUCCUCCAACUAUCAAUAG